UCCGUUCGAACAAGCGCGCUGAUUAUAUCGUCUACUGUAUACACGAACAUAAAGUGCAAGUUCUUACAAUACAUCAGCCUAUAUAUAUAUGAAUUUUUAUUACUUGCACGAUUACAAAAUUUUGUGUUCACGAACAAACGUAUGUCCGAUUCGCGAUGUUCCCGUUACGGCUUUUUUGGGAACGUCGAAUCUGUAGAACUGCAUCGGGCGGAAACGAUUGCGAGAGGCUUUUCGACCCUUCGUUGUCAGGGUAGCCGCGCAGUGCGGUUAGAUCCGACUGGUAUAUAGAAUAAAGGAUAAUACAGUAGAUGGUAUAUAGGUAUAUAAAACCUUAUACCUGGGUCAACGGACCUCCAACAGCGGUCACCGGUGGGACGCAUCGUAGCGAGAAAGUCAACCAGGGCCGCGGGGGACGCGGCGAACCGCGAAACGUUUUCCUUUUGAAUUUAAAGAAAAAAAAAAAAAAAAAAGAAAACGAUCGCCCCGCGCGAACGCCGCGUUCGUGUUUUAGUCAUAUAAGCGCGUAGUUUCAAAUUUUGGAAAAGACCCGCGCGCACGACGUCAGUUUCUGAAUUCGCGCAGCGUGCGCGGUGGUUAUCUCGCUACAAGCGUGGGAUAAUUCGAAUUGCGAUAGAGAAAGUUUACGUAACAUUCUGUACUUUCGAGGAAAUAUAUCGUCAAGGUUUAUCUUCAUCCAGUUUAUAACACCGACCAGUUCAUCGGCUGUGGUUUAUAUUGUCAGUUUCUAUCUCUCGUCGUUAUAGUAAACACUCGGCUAAUAGCUGCGUAAAGCCUAAUUGUUUUCCAUCGUACCUCAGACGUCGAUUGUGUCCGACUUGAGACUUGUAAUUAUUCUAAUUUGUUCAGGUCGUUUGUAACUUCCGUUCUGUGAAUUGUGUUUCGCGUUUAACAGUCGCAAAAGCGGUGGGAUGAAUGGAAAUCCAUCAAACGAAUAACACAAAAUGAGUUCAUCGCGAAAACCUCCUCAUUGUGGUGCUUAAGAUUUGAUCUGUUUUGUCGAUAACUUCGCGGUUAGAAGCACAUUAUCACUGGACGAUCACGUUGCCUCAUUCGGUUCACGUUAUAUUAUAAUUAUUAAAUUAAUCGAUGACGCCUCGAUCUCGAGAGCGAAUACCGCAUAAAUAUAAGACGACGACCAGGAGGCAGCGUGUACCCGAAGUGUGUAGCAGUAUCGCGGAGAAUAAAAAUUGUUGGUAAAACGCUGAGGGGGCCGACGAUGAAAAAAAUCUUGGUAGAGAUCGUUCGACGCAGGUACGCGACGUAGAAAUAAACUAAACUGUCAAAAACAGCUGCGGGAUGCAGGACUACGCCGACGCCGGGCGUCGCAGGUGAAUAAAACGUCGCUCGUGUGUGUGAUGUGGAAAAUAAUAUAGUCGUACACGCGAAUGCAUUUGUGAGGCGGGUGGUUCGUCGUACGAGUUUCCGUUAUCGAUCACCGUCAUGUACAAGGAAGGAACGUCGAAGCCGAACGGCGUCGGUGCGGCGGAUUCGGAACAGCAAAAGCAACAGCAAUGCGCAAACGCCGUCGAGGAGUCGCGCCCUCCUAGACCGAAGUUGAGAGAAAUUGCAAGGCUUUGGAUAAACUCUAUCAGAGCCGUUAUCUAUGCUGGGGAUGCUGCCGCGGGUGAUCGGGGCGUAGGCGUAGCCUCAACCCCCGAAAUGGGGAACCUCCAGAGCGAUGGGAAAAGAAAGAACAAAAAAAAUCGCUCCGUCGACUCCGAAAUCGACGCCGAUCAGCGGAAAUCUAAUACCGCCACCUCUAAAUUAUCCAAGAGUCUCGAUGAACUGGACCGCCCUCCCGUCUGCAAGGUCGCCUUCGAAAAAGUUCAAACACCUGCCAAGAAACACGCCGCGCCUAAAGCUUCGCCGGAAAAGCCCGAGUUCCACGACUGCAGCCCCAAGGCGAACGAAGUCGUCGAUGAAGAGAGGAGGGAAACCGCGCACCCCGAAGUCCAGGUCCAGGCCCAGACGGGAUCCGAUCCUGGUCCCCCACCCGCGCCGCGGGAAUCCCCGGCCCCCGCUCUCCUUCCGGACCCUUUGGGACCGUCGAACAUCGCACCGGCGAUACCCCCACCCACGUCUAUCGGGGACGAGGGGCCCCCUCUUCUGGUCACGGACUCGUGGCAUCGAGCCAACAAGAACUUGGUUACCCCCGAUGCUCCGACUCCGCCGAGUCAGGAAUCCUCGAGCGACAGCGUCUUCACAGAUCCUGGCGGUAUGGUCGCCGAAUCCGGAUCUCUGCCCCCCGUCAGGGACGCGCAUCCGAUCGCUCCCGAGGAUCCGAAAGACGAUCGAAGGACCCAAUUCACCGUAACGAGGCACAAAAAAAUCGAACUCAAUCCGGCGUCGACGCGGAUCGGAGGACCCACCUGUGAAUUGACGCCAACGAUUCGGAGACACAGUGCCAAUGAACAACCAUCUGCCGAAAGUAACGUCCUACGACGGGUGGCCAGUCUCACCCUCGACAAAGCCACCGUCGAAGGCCGAGCCAACAAUAAGCGAAGAUUUGUACCGGAGAAGCUGGACUUCCGGUUGUACGAAAAAUUUGAGGGACAACACUUGAUGAAUUGGCUGGUCUCCGGGCUACCCGAUCACCUCAGAAGACAACUGACGGAUGGUGACCAGAAGAAAUUGGGUUCCACGAUCUGUGCGCACUUGGUAGCCGCCGGAGUUUUGAAACCUCUGUCGGACGACACGGCGAAGGACGCGAACUUUACGCCAGAUCUCAUGUACGAGUGGUCUCACCUGGAAGCUCCACUUCCCGUCGUAACGAGCCCCGGCAAACUGCGACGGGAGAGUUGGUCUCCCGAGAACAUGCGGCGUCUUCAGGAGGAGCUGAUGGCUCUUCGCCGCGAGGUGAGCAGACUCCGGGCACUGAUAAAUGACGACGAGACGCGCUCUCAAGUUCAGUCGACUCAGACGUCACCGGAUCGUUUAUCGCCGACGAAGAGUUUCGCGGAGAGCGGUAGAUUCACGGCUAGUCCGCCAACGGAUUCGACGACGCUUCACGAUUCCUUGGAAAAGUCGUCGUCCCUGAGGUUUGACGAAUCCAAAAACGACACGCUACCAACAACGAUGACGUUGUCACCGAUUUCGGAAAUCGAGGCGUCCGUCGACCACUUCAAAGAAAAUGGAGGGCCGGUGAGCACAUCGUCGCCGAAGGAGGAAGGGACGACAACUUCCGGAGUCAAUCCGACCCAGGGAAACGAAAGGAGCGUCGGCGACUUGUCUCUACUAGCCAUGAAAUUCGACACUAUCGUGAUAACGGACAAUAAUCCCGAUUCGAAACAACCCCAAACCGACUCUCCGAUCAAGAUGAAUGAAGAUCUGUCCAGGCUAACCGAACAAAUAAACAAUCUCCACGUCCGCGACGAAACCGCUGACCCAACGGAACUGGCCGUUAUCGAGGUAGCUGAUGACGGUACGAUAAAACAACCCACCAUUGUAGACACCGUGAACGUUAUGGUCACUGGACCGCCGUUAUCUUCGAACAAUAAGAGACCUGAUAACCUUCUUCUGAAGACACCCGAGGCCGAGUCGCCGCAUCCGAUAGAAAAAGCAAAAAGUACGCAGGGUCAAAAAACACAGUUCGUUCCUCCCCCACCUCCGCCUCCUCCUAUGCCUGAUAUGGAUGAGUUUUUACCCCCUCCUCCUCCGGUGACUGAUCAUAUGCAAAAACAAACAGUAGUAACGGCACCACCACCUCCCCCGCCGCCUCCACCUUUGCCCAUCGAAGAGGUGGAACCAGCGAACGCACCAUCGCCGGGUAUCGGUCUUCCACCUCCUCCACCACCUCCGCCGAUGCCAGAGAUAGCAGGACCUCCCCCACCUCCUCCGAUGACAGGAAUGGCAGGACCUCCACCCCCACCUCCAAUGCCAGGAAUGGCAGGACCUCCACCCCCACCUCCGAUGCCGGGAAUGGCAGGACCUCCACCCCCACCUCCGAUGCCGGGAAUGGCAGGACCUCCACCCCCACCUCCGAUGCCGGGAAUGGCAGGACCUCCACUACCUCCUCCGAUGCCAGGAAUAGGAGGACCUCCUCCGCCACCUCCUCCGAUGCCAGGAAUGGGAGGACCUCCACCCCCACCUCCUCCAGGAGGAUUAAUUUUUCCACCUGAACCACCAGGAGGAAGCUCUCCGAAGCCGUUUCCUGCACCUCCGCCUGGUGGAUGGAAUCCUCCAGCAAGAGCAACAAUAAGAAAACAACCCCUGAACCCUGUGGUACCGAUGAAACCGCUUUAUUGGACGCGAAUACUAGUCCCAGCAGUUCCGACUCCAAUUCCUGCCGGGAGUCCCGAUUCACCACCGCAGCUUCCUUUGUGGUUGGAAAUUGAAGAGGAAAAGUCUAUCAACAUAGCGGAAUUCUCUGAUCUAUUCUCGCGCCAAGUCAUCGAGAGAAAACCCACGAAAAAAAAGGAUGAGACUGACAAACCGUCGAAAAUUCAACCAGCAAAAAUACUCGACAGUAAGAGAUCGAAAAUGGUCGGGAUCCUUGAAAAAAGUCUGCAUGUCGAUUUCUCUGAAGUAGAAAAUGCCGUUUACACCCUCGAUACCAGCGUAGUAAAUUUAGAAGCUCUGAAGCAAAUCUAUGAAGUUAGAGCCACGUCGAGUGAACUGGAAGAAAUUUCUGCCCAUGAAACAGCCCAUCCGGAAAUCCCUCUUGACAGACCGGAAAAAUUCCUGAAACAACUCUCAGGAAUUCCACACUUUGCGCAGAGAGUAGCGUGCCUAAUGUUCCAAUCUGAAUUCCAGGACGCGAUUUCCAGCGUUUCGUCGAAACUGACAAACUUAAGGUCGACCUGCGAGUACCUUCGGAAUUCUAACUCCUUGAAAAAAGUAAUUGCUCUAAUUUUGACCCUUGGAAACUAUAUGAAUGGGGGUAACCGGAUGCGAGGACAAGCUGACGGUUUUGGAUUAGAAAUCCUUGGUAAAUUAAAAGACGUCAAGUCAAAAGUUCCCGGUGUUACCUUACUCCAUUACGUGGCAAGGACUAGACUCUCUCAAGAAGAAAACUACAACCCCGAUGAACCUCUGCCUCUGCCCGUUCCGGAACCGGCAGAUGUCGAGGCCGCUUCGACAAUCAGCUUCGAAGAAUUGACCAAAGAGUUGGAUAGACUUGGAACCGAAUUGGAGGCAUGCAACGCAAAAUACAAAAUGGUAGCGGAAUCGAAUACGAAAGAUGCGGGACCGUUCAAAGAGAAGAUGGAGGCGUUUUUGGGAAGAGCGGGAGUAGAUCUUGCGAAUGAAAGAGAAAGCUUACAGGAGGCAAGGGCUAAGUUUAAAAUCGUAAUGCAAUUUUAUCAAUACGUCCCUAAGGGCGCAACGUUGGACACGGCCGAUCCUCACGACUUCUUCAUACUGUGGCUCACUUUUUGUAAAGACUUUAAGGACAUAUGGAAGAAAGAACAGCAGAGGUUGACGAAGGAACGGCGACAGGAAGCGAGAAAGAAGUUGGAGAACAAGCGGCAAGUGGAAAAGGUGAAAAAAGAAGAAACUGGACUGAAAGCACGGAUUCAAAAACUUACGGGAAAGAAAUAGAAAAUAAUAGCUGCGUUAUAAGCACACAAAGAAUUAUAUUCGUAAUUGUAUGAAACUUUGAAAACUAUAAAAAUUCUAUUAUCGCGUGAACGAAAAAAAAAAAAAACAGAAUAUAAGGUAAGUGACUUCAUCUUACCGAAAACUAUAAUUGCCAAUAACGAGAACAAACACAUAAACCUUAUCGAAAGGUAAUCGAGAACUGUUACUGAUAGAGCCGCCCCAAGCUAUUGAUAAAAAAUUGUAAAGAUUAAAUUAUUGACAAUGUAUAUACGCGUAAGUUUCUUAAGUAUAAUUGUUAGAAAGUGGUGAUGUUGAAUUGUACAUACACAUUGUAAAUAUAUAUUUAUUGAAUGAGAGUUAGACGAGAUGAAGAUUUAAACAUAAUUGCGUUUUAUAAAAAAUGAAAAUAAUAACUGAAAAAUAUAACAAUUUGAUUUGAA